AUGCCAGUGAUUUCGAGUGACUUCAGUCCGGAAUGGGGAAUGGUCGUGUUGGGGCGCACAUCGAUGUUUGUGCCAAGAUAUCGCCAGGGUGAAAUAUAUGCAUCUUCAAAGCCUCCGUUCUUUAGUACUGAUGUAGGUGCGGGGGAAGAUGUCUGCGUUGAAGUAGGCGAUGAAGCGACUAUGGGACUUUGGCUGGAGAUUUGCAGAGUGGAGUCUAGCGACGAAGUUUGGCUUGGUAUAGAGACAACAGGGGUAGAUGAGAUAGUGGACGUACUCCCAACCACUGAAGACAGGCUAAAGGUUGAAGAUGAAGAUACACUCGCUGAUGAAGAUGUGAGAGACUCAAGGCUGGACGAUAUUCCCAAGGAAAGCCCUGAUGAGGUAGCCAGAAGCGAUUCGCUCGUGGUCGAUAUGGACGGUGAUGCCUGGACUGAAGAAAGCGGCGUGGGGGCUAUCGGUGAUGGAGUCGAUGAAGUAGAUGUGUCUGAUGAGGACAGUAUUGGAGUCGAACUGAUGAUUGACGAGGCCAAUGAAGAUGCUGUUGACGACAGUUGA